AUGGCUUUAACACACAACCAAAAAUUUGUCAUUGCUACUUUGUUAAUUUUGGGGCUGUGGGCUUCUCAAGUAGUGUCGCGUACACUCUAUGAAGCAUCAAUGCUAGAGAAGCACGAGCAAUGGAUGGCACUCUAUGGACGUGUGUACAAGGACAAUGCAGAGAAGGAAAGGCGUUUCAAGAUAUUCAAGGACAACGUGGAGUUCAUAGAAUCCUUCAACAAUGCCGGGAACAGACCAUACAAGCUGGGCAUCAAUCAGUUUGCUGACCAAACUAAUGAAGAAUUCCAGGCAUCUCGUAAUGGUUUCAAGAUCAAUUCUUCAAAUUCAAGGCCAUCUAAAGCAACUUCGUUUAGGUAUGAAAAUGUGACCGCAGUCCCAUCUAGCAUGGACUGGAGGAAAAAAGGGGCUGUCACACCCGUUAAGGAUCAAGGUCAAUGUGGAAGUUGCUGGGCCUUUUCAGCAAUAGCUGCUACAGAAGGGAUUAAUCAGCUCACAACCACUAAGUUGAUCUCAUUGUCAGAGCAAGAACUUGUGGACUGUGACAAAGGUGUGGAUCAAGGCUGCGAAGGUGGUUACAUGGAAGAUGCCUUCGAAUUCAUUAUAAAAAACAAAGGCAUUUCCACUGAAGCAACAUACCCAUACGAUGGAACAGAUGGGACUUGCAAGACUAAGGAGGAGACCCCUGCAGCGAAGAUCACAGGCUACGAAAAGGUGCCUGCCAACAGUGAGGCGGCACUGCUGAAGGCUGUGGCGAAUCAACCAAUUUCAGUUUCCAUUGAUGCUAGUGGAGCAGCCUUCCAGUUUUACACGUCCGGGGUUUUCACUGGAGAUUGUGGUACUGAAUUAGACCAUGGUGUUACUGCAGUUGGGUAUGGGACAACUGCUGACGGGACCAAGUAUUGGUUAGUCAAGAAUUCAUGGGGCACUAUGUGGGGUGAUAAGGGAUAUAUUAUGAUGGAAAGAGACAUUGCUGCUAAGGAAGGCAUUUGUGGCAUUGCCAUGGAUUCUUCAUAUCCUACUACAGUUGUUUUUUACAUCACCAUUUCACCGUGCGCCUUACUCGCCCAUUUCCUUGCCAGUAAAUUCCUUCCUAGUCGACGUCAAUCAUCUUUGCUUGUAACUAAGUUUCAAUUUAUCCCCGGAAGUUCCCGGCGAUCUUGUCCUUGGUGGCCUUGCCUCGAUGGUGGGGGUGAUGGAGGAGGAAAGGGUUUCGACGGUGGAGGAAUUAGCAGACUUGAUUGUGACAAUGAUGAUGGUGGUGACGGGACACCGCAGGAAAGAGAAAAGAGAGAGAUGACAGGGUUGCAGCAGAGAGAGACUGAAGAAAAGGAUAGUGAGCAAGUCAACAAUUGA